CGUGAUGUGUCCGAAGCGUAGUAGCUGGUUCUUGUUGCAGUUUUCUCCAGCUACUGCCAUUCCUGGUGAGGAAAACACUUUGACGGUCUCUGCUCAAGCAGGAUCCCUGUGUGGCAUCUGUGCUGUUGAUCAGAGCGUCCGUAUCAUGGAGCCAGGAAGACGUUUGAGUCCUAAAAUGCUGUUCGACUUGCUCCCGAUGCGAUCGGUUUACCCAUACAGUGUUGAAGACGAACAAGAGUGCAUACAUUUUCAACCCCGUCGACCGGCUCCUAUAAGUGAUGCCUACACAACCUUCAAGCGCGUGGGAAUGAAGAUCGCAACAAAUAUCGCUGUAUUAGCCCUUCAAUGCCAUGACUAUAAUCACCACUUCCCUGGAGCCUUUGAAAGGAAUGAUGCAGUUGCUUUUGGUGCGGCUGCUGCUGCUCUGGAAGCAGAAAAUGCUGGAGUCAAGCACUCCCCAUCCUGCUUUACCUGGAAGCCACAGAGCAACUCACAGCAGCCAUUCGACAGACCGCUACAGGCUACCUUCAAAGUGGUAUGGAUGUACCUUGAAAAUGUUGAAGACUAA